GGAAUAAAUUGCUGGCACUUCGACGGUCAUAAAUAAAAACAUGGCCAAUACAGAAUGUGUGGACGGACUAAUUUUAUCAAGCUUAACGUACUAGCAACUACACAUUUUGGAUUUCGUACAAUAAACUAAUAAUUUGUAUAUGAAUAUACGUUUAUUAUGUUUCCUAUUGUUUCGUACCAAGUCUAUAUAAAGGCAACCACUUUGAUCGCACCAAUUAGUCAAACACAAUAUUUGGAGCGCGUAUAAUCCGUGCGAUUUUUUUUGGACAACAUGUUGUCCCGAAAAAGUCCUCUUUUACUCGCGGUAGGAAUUCUAGUGAUAUAUGUGAAUACUGAAAUCGUAAACUCAACCAACGUGCGGUCUAAUAUUUGGCAUGACGGUCCCAUUAAUUGCUACACUUGCGAUAGUGAAGAUGAAUGUGCGCUUGGCAACGGUGUCAUCCAAAAAUGUGAGAAUAAUGAUGACCAAACAUGUGUAAUAGUUUUCAGUGAAAAAGGGAUAGUAAAUCAGAGAGGAUGUAGCGAUAAAAUUAUUUCCUCUCAAAACGGCAGCUACUGCAGCAAAAACCCAGACAGAUGCCCUACUUGUUCAUCUUCUGCCUGUAAUGAGGCAACAUCUAUGGACGGAUUCAUAGAGUGUGUGGCUUGCGACUCAAGUUUGGACAAGAACUGUGCAUUAAACCCUGCCGAUAUCAUUGCAAGAACCUUAUGUUUUGGAAAUUGCAUGACAGCUCUUUAUCCUACAAGUAAGACUGACAACCCCAGCUACAGUUUGGUGAGGUCCUGCUUAAAUGAUCGCGACAUUGAUGAUCAAAAAGCAUGCUUAAAUGGAAAUGAUCGUAUGUGUCAUACAUGUAAUCAACCUCAUUGUAACGUCAAUAUUAUGCCCGAAGUAAGGCAUUCGUGUUACCGCUGUUCCGGCGAUGAUUGUGAGGAUCCCGUUCGUGAAGAGUGUCCCAAGUAUAAAGAAGACGAUCAUUGUUUUAUGCGUUUUGAGGAGGGUAACAAUGACUUAUAG